AUGACUACAAGUGCCAAUAAAGACAAGAAUAUUGGGUUCCCUUUAAAUAUUAAAAGCACUAUUCCGAAACACAGACAAGAGUUAUUAAAAUGGAACGGUUGGGGCUACAAGGAUUCACAAUUUGUUUAUCAAGACGGCAAAGUGCACUUUACAGGAAAAAGGUAUCCUAUAGGCGAACAACCCCUUCCACAUCUGAUAGGAUACGUGACAGAGACUAUGGGAGUAGAUUUAAACAUCCAAUCUAUCGAACGAGAUCCGCCAAAAGAAUUUGACUACCCUGAACCCAACAUACCCCAAAAUGUUUUCGAGUUAUUAAAAUCUUUGGAAAUUCCAUAUUCUGUGAAAAUAAUGGACAGGGUUACGCGAGCACAUGGUCAGACUCUGAACGACGUGUUUAUUUUAAAAAAUGGCCAAUUUAAACGUAUUCCGGAUGUUGUAGUUUGGCCAGAGUCGCACGACGAUGUUGUUAAAUUGGUUAAAUUUGGCAAUGAAAAUAAUUUAGUGAUUAUUCCCUAUGGUGGUGGCACAUCAGUAUCAGGUGCAGUGGAAUGUCCUCAAGACGAAGAUAGACCUAUAAUAUCCCUAGAUACCUCUCAAAUGAAUCGAAUUCUAUGGUUAGACAAAGAAAAUUUGGUAGCUUGUUGCGAAAGCGGCAUAAUAGGUCAAGAUUUAGAACGGGAAUUGAGUAAACUUGGUUUCACUACAGGCCACGAACCGGACAGUUAUGAGUUUUCAAGUUUGGGAGGUUGGGUGGCAACCAGAGCGUCAGGUAUGAAGAAAAACACUUAUGGAAACAUCGAAGACAUAGUUGUCCACGUGAAAAUGGUCACUCCGAGAGGUGUAUUGCAAAAAAACUGCCAAGCUCCUAGGAUGAGCUGCGGCCCUGAUUUCAAUCACGUGAUAAUGGGCUCAGAAGGUUCCUUGGGUGUCAUUACUGAAGUCAUUAUAAAAAUUCGCCCACUGCCAGCCUGCAGGAAAUACGGCUCUCUUGUGUUCCCUGACUUUGAGUCAGGCAUAAAAUGCAUGAGAGAAGUUGCAAAGCAAAGAUGUCAACCAGCUUCAAUUCGAUUAAUGGAUAACGACCAAUUUAAAUUGGGAAUGAUUUUGAAACCGGCAGCGUCCUAUUUUGGUAUUAUACUAGACGGGAUCAAGCACUUUUACAUAACAACUAUCAAGGGAUUCAAUAUUGAUAAAAUGUGCGUGAUGACUUUGCUAUUCGAGGGCCAGGAGAAGGACGUUAAAAUUAGCGAACAGAAAAUCUAUUCUAUUGGGGAAAUGUUUGGCGGUGUUCCUGCUGGAGAAAAAAAUGGUGAACGAGGAUACAUGCUGACGUUUGUUAUUGCUUAUAUCAGGGAUUUAGGUUUAAAAUACCAAAUAGUUGCAGAAUCAUUUGAAACUUCUGUACCCUGGGAUCGUGCCGUAACGUUAGUUCAAAACGUUAAAUAUUUAAUCUCUAGGGAUUGCAAAAACUUUGGAAUAACUCAUUUCGUUAUAAAUUCCCGCGUCACGCAAACUUACGACGCCGGCUGUGUAAUUUAUUUUUAUUUAGGAUUUAAUUAUUCUAAUAUUUCGGACCCUGUUAGCGUCCAUCACCAAUUAGAGGAAAAAGCUCGUGAUGAAAUUAUAGCUUGCGGAGGGAGUAUAUCGCACCAUCACGGAGUCGGAAAAUUACGGACGAAAUGGUAUACUGACACUGUUUCUAGAGUAGGUGCUGAUUUGUUGGUCGCUACUAAAAAAGAAUUGGAUCCAAAUAAUGUUUUUGCUACCAAUAAUUUUUUGACUUUUAGUACGAAAUCUAAACUUUAA